CGCCAUCAGCCCGCCGCGCGCGGCUCGCCAGGAGGGCGGGGCUUCCCGUGACCCGGAGAAAAGAAGAGGCGGGCUGCGACGUAACCCGGAAGCGGAAAUGCUGCUGUUCUGCCCGGCUUGCGGGAACGUGCUGGUGGCUGAAGAAGGCGCGAGAUGCCACCGCUUCGCCUGCACCACGUGUCCCUACGUGCGCAACGUCACGCGCAAGGUGAGCAGCCGGAAGUACCCGAAGCUGAAGGAGGUGGAUGACGUGCUGGGUGGCGCUGCGGCGUGGGAGAACGUGGACUCCACGGCAGAGCCGUGUCCCAAGUGUGAGCAUCCUCGUGCCUACUUCAUGCAGAUUCAGACCAGAUCAGCUGAUGAGCCCAUGACCACCUUCUAUAAGUGUUGUAAUGCCCAGUGUGGCCACAGGUGGAGGGACUAAUUUUUGCUUCAGAUUUAAUUUCUUCAGUAUCGUUUUUGCUGUUUGUUUGAAAAUUCCCCGGCUUGGUUGUAUGAAAGAUGGUAACAUGGAAAUAAGUGUCCCUGGUUCCAGUUGUUGCAUGAUGUUAAAUUAACACUGGCUGCUGCUAGUGCAGGCUUUCACCAUAAUCUGAUGGUCCAGGGGCUGAAGGUUAUGUAUAUACUGCACAUUUUCCUGAUAGCAAACAUUGUUAGAACAAAGAACUGCCUCUGUUUAGAGAUUAUAUGCAAAAAUGUAUUUAUUCAGCAGUUCCCACUGCAAUGCUGCUCUUUUAUAGGGAUGCAUUAAGUUAUCGUUUAUUACUAACCACAGCUGUGAUCUAAGAUUGCAGGUUAAAAUUGGCAGGAAUGGUCAGUAUCUAGAUGGGAAACAGCCAAAUAAAAUGUUUACGUCGUACUAUUGCUUCAGCGGGUGAUGCUUCCCCUGGAUCAGUACUGAACUCACAGGACUGGGGCCCUGUUGUACUAUGCUCUGUACAGAAAGCUGACAAAGCCUGUCCCCUUGCCCUAGAUUGCUUAUGAAUGAAAGAAGAAAAAAAAAAAAAAAAGACAGGUGAAAGAUGAGGGAAAAGAGAUGCAGCAUACAAGGAGCAUGAUCAGAGUGAUGGAGAGAAAUUGUCAUUUUAGUUUUGUGUUUCAAUAUUUAACUCCUGUCCCUGGAUGGUAUGGGGCCAGUGUGUGAGUGGAGGUGGCUUCCAUCUCAUAAGGCCUAAAAUCAAGGUCCUGACUGCUGGACACUAAGGAUAUCACAGUGCUUUUUUCAGGCUCAUUUUAAACAGAGGCCUUGUCUAUGUUCAAAGUUGCACUGGUUUAACUAACGGUGUGUUUAAAAAACCUUCAGCAACUAGUGAAACCAGUGCAAAUCCCUGUGUUGAUACACAGUAGGAUUUAAACAUAACUUAUAUUGAUGUAUUUUGAUUCCUUAGGGAGUUAAUAUAAGCCAGCUUUAAGUCAAAUUAAGAGUGUCCUCCUGUAGUUUUACUAAACUGGCUUUUCAACUUCUUUAAAGUUAAAUCAGUGCCAUUUCAAUAUAGACAGAUGUUCUCCUUUUAAUAUUUAUUCAGUGUCAAGUAACCAGGUGACUUUUCACUAGAAAGAACUGCAGUGUAAUGUAAUUUUUCCCAGUGCUGUGUUACUCUAAAAUUUAGAUGCCAAUUAAGUUAGCCUACGAUAGUGCUUUUAAAUUAACAAAAGGGUAACAGGGUUGUGGCCCGCCCUAAAGGAAUUGCCAGAGUGUUACCUGCAGAGGGCUCCCCAGAGCAAGCUAGUCUUGCUAACCCCUGAAAGGACACGGAUACAGCCUUCCGCUCAAGGAUGGGCACACAAGCAGAAAUUCUUUGAAAACAAAAUAAUUAUUUAUUUUACAGAAAUAGAAGUUACAGUGGGUUUAAUAAGGCAAGAAAAAAUACAUAGGAUUUAAUAAAACACAAUAGAAUUACAUUUAAGAAUUGUACAAUAAAGCGGCGUGAAAAAAUAAAAAGACAGACUAUAUAGGAUAUCUAAGACAUACAGGAAAUACAGUAGUUUCAAUGUAACAUGCAUAUAGGGAUCCCAUAUACACAAAGGCUUUUAGUUUUAGUGAUACAAUUUAACCCCGUACUUAAUAUAAUGUGGUAUACAUAACCUCUAUAUACACAUAUGAAAAACCAUUACCAUAUUCACAGAUUUAAACAUUUAUUUAGCAUCAACAUUAACACUUAAUACUAAACAUUUAAAAUUUAACAUCCUGCAAAUGCUGGCCAAAUGGUUGCAGGACGGGUAGGGGAGAUCUCACUCAAGACACAGGCAUCCGGCUUUAUUUACAGACAGACCUAUACAUUCUUAAAUGAUAAGUAGAAAAGAAGAUCAGACUUACACUAAGGGCUGGUCCACACUGGGGCGGGGGAUCAACCUAGGAAACGCAACUUCAGCUACGAGAAGUCGACGUUUCCUAGAUCGAACUAAGUUUACUUACUGCGGGUCCACACGGCACAGGCAAGCUCCCUCGUCGACAGCGCUUCCUCCUCUCGGCGAGCAGGAGUUCCGCAGUCGACGCGGGAGAGCUUCUGGGAUUGAUUUAUUGCGGCCAGAUGAGACGUGAUAAAUCGAUCCCAGAAGAUCGAUCUCUACCCACCGAAUCGGGCAGGUAGUGUGGACCUACCCUUAUAUUGAAAAUUCCCUUUGUACCGUCUUAUAUCCUUCUGAUCUGUCUUAGUUUUAGGGAGUGUAGUCUCUACAGUUGUGGUCUCUCUUCGAGCUGGGGGGUAAUGGCAGUUGCUGCUGCUGGCCAUUACUGCUGGCACGGUAGCUGCUAGCAGGCAGUUGUUUGUUGCCAAGGCAACCUUAGAAUUCUGCUGAUGAUCUUUGAAGCUUCUUGAUCUUCCGAGGUAGUGCUGUCUUCCUUUGAUGUCUUGCUACUCUUGCUCUUCUCAGGUCUGCUGUCGAACCCACUAAUGUCUAACUCACUACAGUCUCAGCCUGCUGGCUGUCUGCCUCACAUACUGGUUGUUCGCUCAAAGUCAACUCAUUAACAUAUUUUUUCUGGCUCAGCCAAUCUGCUUCCAGAUAUUAGCAUAUUUCUUCUUCCUGUCUAGAUCCGUUCCUUUUUAUUAGCAUAUUUUUACUUCCUGACUUGCUCCUUCCCCUCUUACAUUAUCCUAUUUUUAGAUAACUAAGCUCCUCCCCGAUGCCAUCUUGGAUUCUAGACCUUUCUAAGCUCCUCCCUCUGAUGCCAUCUUGUUUGCUAGAACUUUCCACUACCUAAAUUUGAACUGCAUUAUCCCCAUCUCUGCCAUUUUGGUCAGCCAUGUUGGAUUUUCUAAAUUUAAACUAUCAUUAGUUUCUACUUAUUUAGAACCUUAAUCUUAAAACUAAUUAAUAUUUUAUGCAAGCCAAAGUUUCCUGAUACUGUCAUCACCUUAAUUAUAUCAAUUGGGAAAAGUGAAUUUGAUGGUGUUUUUAAACUCCCUCCAAAGUUUUUCUGCAAGCCUUUAUUAAGGUGCUGCAAGGUAUUUCAGAACAUUCAGAGCAAAAAUCUCUUGUUACAGCUGUGCUCUGAAAAAACAUAUUCAGCCGUGAAAGAAGAGCUGCAAGGGGCACCCCACUUUGGGGCUUCUGUCCUUGGAGCUUCCCUUUCACACUCAACUAGGUUUGAAAGUGGCACCUAUGAGAGUGAGGUUAUACCUGACCAGUAACCAGUUGGUACAUUCUACAAGUAGCACAUUUAAGAUGCUGCUGUAGAAAAUGAUUUUGGGAAAGCAGCAUACAAAUUCCAUAUUCAUCGUUCAGUGAUCUCGCAUCAAAUGGGGCCAAUUUACAAGUACAAAGAAUUGUUUUAAUUGCUAGCUCUGCACAUUCACACUGGCAUUAGUACAUCUGUGCUUUUUCCAUUUCAUGGAUGAUCCAUAAAGACUUUGUAAUCAACUUGGGUUAUAAUUCUGUUACAUGAGGUAGAAUAACACUUAACUCCCUCUCCCAGAGCUGAGCUAGCUCUUCAGGAUUUGGAGGAGUAAAAUGUAGGAAGAAUUUACUUCGGCAGCAAUCUGCUGAGAAUCCUCAUCGGUUUGCCACGUGUAAUGUCAUGGCUAGGGCCCUACCAAAUGCACGGUCCAAUUUGGUCAAUUUCACGGGCAGAGGAAUUAAAAAAUCAUAAAUUUCAUGAUUUCAGCUAUUUAAAUCUGAAAUUUCACAGUGUUGUAAUUGUAGGGGUCCUGAACCAAAAAGGAGUUGUGGGGGGGGUUACAAGGUUAUUGUAGAGGGGGUUGCAGUACUGCUACCCUUACUUCUGUGCUACUGCUGGCAGGGCGCUGCCUUCCGAGCUGGGUGCCUGGCCAACAGCCACCGCUUUCUGGCUUCCCAGCUCGGAAGGCAGCGCAGAAGUAAGGGUGGCAAUACCGUGAUCCCCCCCCUGCAAUUUCCUUUUGGGUCAGGACCCCCAAUUUGAGAAAUGCUGGUCUCCCCCAAGACAUCCUUAUAGUAUCGGGUAAAAGCACACAAAAGACCAGAUUUCAUGGGGGGAGACCAGAUUUCAUGGUCCUUGACGCGUUUUUCAUGGCUGUGAAUUUGGUAGGGCCCUAGUCAUGGAGAAGGAGCACUCUCACAGGUUUGCUUCCUCUGCCCAGCCAUGCUCCAAAUUCAGAGAAGCCCAACCACGUGGAGCUCAGAGAGGAGAGCUGUGUCGACUCAACUCUCUGCCUUCAGAGAAAUUUCAUGUCAAAGGAGCAAAAAAAAUAGUGGAUAAAAAGGCCAAGUGAGAGCUGCGAGAUUGUUUAAGCUGCGUCAGGUAGGAUCUGUGGUGUGUAUUUAGACGGAAUAUAUGGGCCAAAGCUGUUAACAUAACCCAGUCACUAUCCAACAUUAAACAAUUUUAAAUAAGGUUUGGUAUACAGAGACCUUAGCCUGUUUUGUGCCAUGCCAAACAUACCAUUAAAAAUCCUUUUAAUGUUUUAUAAGAUACGGGAAAAAUGGUUACAGCAUUUGCUAUGUAAAGUAUUGAAUAAGGUUUUUGUUUUAACAACAUUCCUUAUUCCCUUUCCCUUUAGCUGGAGAGAAUUUUUAGAAGGAAAAAAUAUGUUUGACACCAUCUAAGAGACUGCCAAUGAUGGUAAUAACUGUCUUUUUGGGGGAAAAGAUUAGUAGUUAGUAGAGAUGGGCUGGAGCUGUCAUUGUUGCUGUUGAUGUUAAAGUCUGAUCCUGUUUCCUAAAAGGGAGAGGAAAAGAACAGCAAAGACAGAAAAUGCAGCAUCUGUAUCUGGUGCUGAUUCUCACUUGCAGCCUCACUGCUGGAAGAACAUAGGCAUGGCACACGGUCUGAUCAGCCACUCUGAGACCUGGCAAAGUCAUACCAACAUCAGACAGUUUAGGGCAUUGCUUUUUGCUACUCUCUGGUCACAGGCUUACAGCAGUGUUGCAAAAUAUGUAGUCUUGACCAGCUAAGCAAGACAGAAGGAAAACGGAGAGAGAGAGAGGAAGAGAACAAAAAAGGAUACAUGGGGUGAGACAAAGUGGUAGUGGGGAUUUAGCUGGACGUGGUAGGUAGGGAUGGUCAUCUGGCUCCCUGGACAUCUUUCAGGAUUGGGACAAAGGAGCUCUGCAGUCCCAGGAGAUGAUGGGGGUGGCAGCCACGAGAGUGAAGCUCACUCCUGGAGCCUUUUUCUCCCGAAGUCUCUUUCUUUAAGGACCCCAAAAUUGAGUGAUGGGCAGAAUGGCUCAUCCUCUCAUUUUGUCCACCAGUUAGGCCUAAUUCCUGACGCCAAUUUUGGUUCACUGAUUGCUGAUCCCAUCCUUUUCUUGUUUAUCAGGCAUGAUGUUAACUCAGUCCUUGAGUUAUAUCAGUAGGCCUCUCUGUUUGGACUAAUUCAUUCUUUCUGUCUCCUUUGUGCACUUCUUUCCAUCACCAUAACAUGAUAUUUUAUAACCUUUCACUCACUCGUCACAGUUGUAUUCACAAUUAGGGGAAGUUUACAGGUCCAUUUAUUACAACAGAUCCCUAUAGUGAGCAUGGACAAAACACUUGACAAAGGCUGCAGGCACGAAUCUGUUCCUAGCGGAGGAACUUGCAGGACUUUGAUAAGGUAACCUGGUUGGCAGAGUUAAACAAGGCCAGUCCAAGUCAAAGGCAGGGAUGGCUGAAAUCAGGAGUGUGCUGGAAGCAAGAUGGAUGCCAUCUGCUGGGCUACUGGGGGAUUUGCUGCUGUGAUGGUUGAGCCAAUAAGUUUAUAUUACAUUCAAAACUCAGUUAAAACAUUAUAAAGGUUGCGAAGUUGAGCACUCAGAAGUUAGGAAAUGCCAGAAUUAAGGUGGUUUGUGCAGCCUUCAUUUGGUCCUUGUGUGCCUAUGCCUUAUGAUGGUCUGUAAUUAGGUGAGCAUAUAUUAUGUUUUCCACAGGACCCCUGUCUCAUUCCGGGCACAGGCUGGAUGUGCUCUGGGGAUGAAUCAGGGUUGCAAAGUGAAGGAGUCUUAGAAUGGUGCUCUUUGCUGUCACAGGCAGCAGGAGAAGCUGACUGACCAGAGGGCACCUAUGCCAUAGGCUCAGCAGGUUUUGAUGAAGUGCUAGGUCCCCAGAUUCAGGGUGUUGGGGAAUCAGGGCGCAGUACCCAGCCUGUCUGACUCACGAAAGACUCCCCCCCCCCCUGCUUGAACCAAAACCAAUCAGAGGACUUACAAAAAGCAAUGAAAAGGCAAUGGGAGACACACCUAAACCCUUGGGAUAAGGGUGACAGGAUUAAGGCAACUCCCCUAGGCUCAUUUGCAUCGAAGAUGGGACAAGGAGGCAUCUCCAUUAUCAUACAGCCUGGAGAACAGAGAUUCCAAGGCAAGAAUUGCAUGGAACUCUGGGACCGGAAAGCAGGGAAGCACUGCAUGAUGGGGGAUCUCUGCUCCAGAUGUUAAUGAACCCAUGCCUGUACACACCCAGCUUGGUAGUUAUCAGACUAAUUCUAGUAAUAAAGCCUUUAUUGGUAUCCAAAAUAGUGAAGCUCCCUAAUUGCAUUGUGAGCUCCCUCCAAGGAACACUGCCCAUAGCCAGAAAUGAUCAGCUCCCAUUGUCUAGCAUGAACAAAACAACUUUGGUGUACUCCCUUGAGCCAUCAGUUUACUCACAAACAAAUCUAGUGUUGCUCUUGAACCAUUGUUGUUUCUCUACAAAAACCAUUGGGAGUUCAUCUUUUCCUGAUUGAUUGUGCUGGCGGCUCUGCCUGUCUCCAGCACUCCAGACCUCAGCUACCACCACCACCUGAGACCCCUGAUCAAUUCAAGGUUCACAGCGUGGUGAGAACCCAGCUCUAGGUAUAGCCUGACCCUGACUUGAGUGAUCCGUUAUAGUUUUCUAAACCUGACUUUUAUAAUCAAAUUUAAGUUAGAUUUAAUAUUGUAACUGUUUUGUUUGUUUGACUCCCCUUGUAUGGUUAUUACCUGGCAAUAAAUAACUUUCAUGGUUAA